AUGAAAGGUUCCGUAAGUGGAACCAAUAUUUGUUGCCAGGAGAAUAUCGACAUCAGCCUCAAAUUGAUCGGCCAAACAUUAGUCCCCAAUGUUUUUUUCUUUUCGUCGGGUCUCGCCUUAUUCGUUUUCUACUUCAACAGAAACUCAUACAGAUACAUGUUUCUCUUCGAUGCCUUCCUCAAGUUCGCCACAUGUGCCGUCUGCUUCGCAUUAUCCGUUUACUACGAAGUAAAGUAUGACUGUCAGAAUUGGAGCCUCUUCUUUACGACAGUGCAUCAACUCGCUUGGGUUUUGUUCGAUAUGUUCCUCUUGAGCAGGUAUGGAUUCAACGCAUUGAUUCAGGACUGCCAUGACUUGGGUGUCACUCUCGGUAGAAAAUGCCUUAAGCUCGGUGGAAAGUGCCUUGAGUUCGUUGGUCUCAAGAAGAAGGAAGAAAUUCGGCAAAUUGAACGAGCUGGCGGCCUGGGAGCUGGCCCUGAUGGCGGGCACAACUCCAGUGGCCAGCACGACUCCAGUGGCCAGCACGACUCCAGUGGUCAGCACGAUGCCAACAACGGUGACCCGGAUGAAGGCGAAAAGAGUACUGAAAGUUGCGAAAGCAGCGGUACCAAGGUGUCCCAAAGCAGCGUAAGUCGCCGUUCAAAGAAGAAUCUGCCCGAGGAAGUUCCAUCUGAGGAAUGGAUUGAAAUGCUGAACUUCGGAGGCAAGACAUCAGAUUCUCAAAAUCAGAAAGGUCUGCCGUUACCAUAA